GGCCAAUGAAUAGAGGCUGAAUUCAUGUGUAGCGGCCGCUGCGUGUCGCUUCGGCUUUUCUCGGAGGUUUCCGGUGCAUCCUGUUCCUGAGACGUGAAAAAAAGCAAACAGGCUUCCUUUGUCUGAAUUAGCUCGGCGUUUUGCCUAAUUCCAUGUAAACUACUGGUAACGUUCUCUUCCCGUCGCCGUCGCGUCCCGGGUCUGUGCUCUCGCGGUUCGGCUGCUCUCGGACCUCGUUCCGGCCGCUAGUGCUGCUGCUCGGUCGCGUUCGGCUGUUGUCGUUCGACGGAAGAAUGGACGAAGCGGACUCGGCGACGAAGGCGCUCGGGUUGGUUGAACCGCCCAUCGGCGGGCCGCAGGUGGAGGGAGUGGGCUCGGAUACCGAGUCGGAGGCCGAAGUCACCACGAUGGCCGUGAUGGCGGACCCGGGAAACAUCGACAUGGGAGCCGAGUCCUUGCCGAAUCCUGACGAGGCUGAGGCGGCUUUUGCAGAGGUGACUGCCGUGACAGUUGGAGAAUCUACGGAGGACAACGUUUUCACCACAACCGUGGCCACGUCAGGAAGCCUUCCUGAGCAUGUUCUGAGUGGAAGGACCACCCUCCAACUAGGAGAAGGACUAAGCAGCCAGAAGACCACUCUGAUCGUAGUGCACACUGAUGGCAGCAUUGUUGGGGCUGGACUCAAGUCUGCCACUGCCAUCGGGUCAGGUCCACACACUCCACCAACGCCACUGACCCCACCACAGGACAAAGAAUCCUGUUCUAAGUACAACUGGGACCCCUCGGUCUACAACAACGAGCUGCCAGUCCGCUGCAGGAACACCAGUGGAGUCCUCUACAAGAGCCGUCUGGGAUCAGGGGGUAAGGGACGUUGCAUCAAACACAACGAGCAGUGGUUCACUCCCACUGAGUUUGAAGGUCGGGCUGGAAGAGCAAGCAGCAAAGACUGGAAGAGGAGCAUCAGAUAUGCAGGCAGGCCUCUGCUCUGCCUCAUACAGGAGCGAAUCCUGAACCCCCACGCUGCCUCCUGCACCUGUGCAGCCUGCUGUGAUGACCUGACAGAGAGUUCUAAGGAGGGAGAAUCUCUGGCAGCAGAAAACAUCACUAUGACGGGUCCUGUUCGCCUCUUCGUUCCAUACAAGAGACGAAAGAAGGACACGGAGACAUUGGUCAUUUCACCCAAAAAGGAGCUGCCUGCAACUAAAAGCAUUACUUUGACCCCCGGGACCACACUGACUGUGUCCCCAUCAGGACAGUUCACCACAUCUGGCACCUUAACUUUUGACCGGACUCCAUCAGGCGACGCCACCGCCGCUGCCACCGCUACCAUCAUCUCAGACGGCUCAGCACAGAGCGACGUGUUUGCUGGUACAGCAGUGCUGACAGCGUUGCCAGCGUUGGCUGUGGCUCCUCAGCCAAUCCAGGCCAAGGUGGCCGUGACAGCUGUGCCGUCUCCGUCGGGGGGGCUGGUGAGUGAGCUGGAGGUGGGACCUGUGGGCGCUGCAGGGCCAGUGGUGAGUGAGGGGCACAAGAACAUCUGGCUGUACCUGGAGGAGCUGGCAAACACGCUGCAAAGCAAUGUCCAGCAGCUGAAGGCUCUGAUCGAACAGGCCAAGAACUCUGCAGGUGACGGUGCCCAGGUGAAAGGCCAGAAGGAGUGUGUCCUCAAUCAGUCGUUCCAGAACCAGAUCUCGUUUCAGCAGCCGGACGAUGACGUCAAAAGAAACUCUGAGAUCACCGAGAUCAUCAUCAACCAAAUGUGUGUAAACUGCGGCCGAGAGGCGACGAGUGAAUGCACCGGGUGCCACAAAGUCAACUACUGCUCCGCCUUCUGCCAGAGAAAGGAAAAAUGCUCUUAUUGCAGGACUGGAAGGAUCAUCAGCACACCUGCUGUCAUUCAGGGGGCGGGGCUCUGCAGGACGACGGGCCAAUCACAACCAUCGACUUGGAGAAGAUGAGAGAAGUCAGAUUAAAACAGUCAGUCUCUCACAGCAGCAUCGCGUGGAGGAGCUGCAGCAUUUAAAGUAAAGCCUCUGCCUCUGGAGACGGUGUACAUGAAGCCCUUGCCAUUUCGUCCUGUAUUGAAAAGGUUUAGGUUGUUUUUUACUUGUGGCUGAAACUGUAUUUAAGACCCAGCAUUUUUUUAACGCGUGAAGGUUUCAGACUGUGGAUCUCAUGUUUUUAUUUAUCAUUUGAAUUAUUUCUGUCUAUUAUGAACAGAUCUUUGUUGUCUGUUGUUUCUGACUGUCAGCAGAUCUGCCAAAGCCACCUGUAAUAAACCACCUCAGACAUGA